AUGAGCGGCACAGACCUGGAGCGCGUGUCCCUCUGCUCCUCCGCUAACUCCGUGUCCUCUGCGCGCACGCUAUCGGCUAACGUUCGCAAGCUCCACAACGCGCUCAACCUCCUCCUCUGCGACCAGGAGCGGGAACAGUUCAUCCACUGUCUCAACGUCUACCACUCCAAGAGGAACGUGUUCGACCUGGUGCAGACCCUAAAUGUGAUCCUGAACGUGCCCAGUAAGAGACAGCUGCUGCCCAUGCUGAGGUUGGUGAUCCCGAGGUCGGACCAGUUACUCUUUGAGCAGUACACCUCCGAGGGGCUCUAUCUGAAAGCGGAGCCGGGGCAAGCAGCCAAUGGGACCGCGGAGUCGCCCGUGCCUCCUGCCAGCGCCAGCCCUCCUCCACCCGGCCACUUCUCUCCAGAGGUGAGUGAAUUCCCGGUGGCGUUGCGCGGCUCUCCAGACAGCUUCAGCACCAGCAGCGACGGCGGGCCCGCUCCCCUGGCUCCUCUGGUCCCUCUGCUGGGGAGAAACUUCAUCCACGAGCCCCCGGGAGAACCGCGGCAGGUGUGCAUGAAGCGCCACAAGAGCCAGGAGGGGCUCGGCUUCAGUAUCCGGGGAGGCUCGGAGCACGGGGUGGGCAUCUACGUGUCCCUGGUGGAGCCCGGGAGCCUGGCCCAGAAACAGGGGCUCCGCGUGGGGGACCAGAUCCUCAAAGUCAACGACAAGACCUUUGAUAAUUUCACACAUGCAGAGGCGGUGAAGGUGCUGAAGGGCAGUAAGAAGCUGAACCUGACGGUGCGCUCGGUGGGACGCAUACCCGGAGGUUACGUCACUAACCACGUGUACACCUGGGUGGACCCGCAAGGCCGCAGUGUGUCCCCACCUCCGGACCUGCCCCAGCACCAGAGCGCCACCCUGAGGAGGAGCGACAGCCAGCGCCGCAGCCACAUGCAACUGCUGCAGGACGGCGAUGAGAAGAAGGUAAAUCUGGUCCUGGACGAUGGGCGGAGCCUCGGCCUGAUGAUCCGAGGAGGGGCGGAGUAUGCUCUGGGGAUCUACAUCACAGGAGUGGACCAGGGCUCGGCCGCGGAGUGUGGAGGGCUCAAGGUGGGUGAUCAGAUCCUGGAGGUGAACGGGCGGAGCUUCCUGAGCAUACCACACGACGAGGCGGUGCGCGUGCUCAAGUCCUCGCGGCACCUGAUGAUGACGGUGAAGGAUGUGGGCAGGGUCCCUCACGCCCGCACCGUCGUCGGGGAGACCAAGUGGAUCGCCAGCUCACAGAUCGGGGAGAGCUCGGCCACCAGCAGCCUGGCCAGUUUCUCAGUGGAGCAGGGAGCAUCCGCCGCCGGAAAGCCUGGGUUCUACAAGGGUGUAGCGGGCUCCCAGGUGACCCUGUCCAGUCUGGUGAACCAGUCCCGGGCCAUGCUGGACGAGCAAGCACGACAUCUGCUGACGGAGAGCGAGCGCCACACCAUGAGCUACUACUUGGAGGAGUACAGGGACGGGCACAUCGGGGUGGAGCAGCUGGUGCAGGCUCUGUUUGAGCUGCUCAACACACACGCUAAGUUCUCCCUGCUGUCGGAGGUGCGCACCGUGGUCACCCCUCAGGACUUGGAGCGCUUCGAUGCCCUGGUUUUGCGGAGGGAGAUCCAGGCUCUGAAGGCCAGGCAGGGGCCCGGGGCUGCAGGGCUCCCGGGGGACUCUGGGUCUAUGGUGUCGUACCCAGAUACACUCACCUCCUCCUCUGCCAGCUUCAUGACCAACACCACGCUCAGCUCUGCACGGGAGAGGCUGCUGUGGCUCGUAGAUUUGAUGGAGAAUGACAGCGCAGUAGAAAACAAUGACGACUGUCCCCCUGAAGCUCUGAACACACUCCUGGCCGAUAUCUCUCUGGACGACGUACAAUGCGAGUCCCCCCCUGCCUUCCGCCCACCGCCCCCCCCAGGCACCCAGCCCCGCUCAGGCAGCCACCGGGACCCUGUCAUCAAGUCCAACUCUUCCCAGUCCUCUCACUCUGGACUCUAUUUCACUGCGCCGGCGUCAGACAACCACACCCAGCAGGAGAGGGGACAACCGCACCCCGCCGCCACCCCGUCCCGAGAGUACGCUGCCAUCCGUAGACGAGAUACCACCAGGAGGGACGCCACCACCAAGAGGGAGCCCAUGGCCAGCGCGCACCUCUCCACGGUGGCCCAGCACGACAUCGGGCCCUUCCCCAGAGUGCAGUCCCCGAGCAGAGGUGCGAAAGCAGGCAUCCAGAGCACCCCUCCGCCCCCUCCUCCUCUGCCUGCACCUCCCCCACCCCUCCCGCCUGCCUCGAUGCCCUCCCAGUCCUCGUCCAAAGCGUCCAAAAUGUCCAAAGUGUCCCAGAGCAGUGUCUCCAAGCAGAAGUUUGUGGCGGUCGAGGUGCACCAGUCCAACACGGAGCCCGACGUGAAUGAAGUACGGCCGCUGCCACAGGCCAGAGGUGGCGCUCUGUCCCAGCUGUCCGACAGUGGACAGACUCUGAGUGAGGACAGUGGAGUGGACAUCACGGACUCGGGACACCCUCGUCACCAUGGCGAACGGCAGCAGGGGGGAGGGGGGGACAGCCGCUCCAAACCGCCCGGCCUGCUGGAGCCCACCUCCACUGUGGUGAGGGUGCAGAAGAGCGCAACCACCCUGGGCAUCGCCAUCGAGGGAGGGGCCAACACGCGUCAGCCACUUCCCCGCAUCGUCACUAUACAGCGGGGGGGCUCGGCUCAUAACUGUGGUCAGCUGAAGGUGGGCCAGGUGCUGCUGGAAGUGAACGGUCUGUCCCUGAGAGGCCGUGAGCACCGGGACGCCGCCCGCAUCAUCGCCCAGGCCUUCAAAACCAAAGACAGGGACUACGUGGACUUCAGGGUCUCAGACUACAAUGUGGCUCUAUAG